UCGGUUGGGCUGCGCUUUGUUUUGCUUUGUUGAAGCGCGAGGUUGUCCGCUGAGUGUGACCGCGCAAGCGCGAAGCCCCUUUGGUAACGGCUGCCCGGCGGACAAAAAUAAACAGGCGGCGUCGAGGCGGUUUGACCGGAGGCUGAGGCGGCCGCGUGUGUGAGGCUUCAAAUUGAUCCCACCCCACCCUCACCGCCGCUGACUGAACAAAAAAAACCCAGCAAACUGGCGAGGCUUUGAAACUCCGUUCCGCCCUCGUGAGUUAACCGUAACGUGUUGUUUUUAAUUGGGAGGAAGGACAGCGGAUUCUAGCGGCGGGGAGAGAGAGCGAGGACGGUCUCCGCCGCCCCUCGGACCGCGGAGACAUGCACUCGACCUGCCAGAGGCCGGUGGCCAGCUACCCCGACAAAACCGGUGAGCAGGUGGAGAAGGAGUUGCAUGAUGGCCUGGAGGAUGGCAAGGAGCGCUUUAAAGAUCUCAAUGAUCGCUUCGCCAAGUACAUCAACAACACCAUCCUUAGUCUCAUGCGCAAAAACAAGGACCUGCUGGCCGAGCUCAAGCUGGCCGAGAAGGAGGAGAACUGCCGCGUCGAGGCCAUCUUCCAAAAGGCCAGGUGUGACCUGAAGCUCCGGCUGGAGGAGCAGCAGAAGGAGCUCAACUGUCUCAAAGCAGAUAAGGACAAGUACAAGAAGAGAUUAGAAAAGGAAAUUCAACUAAGAAAGGAGUCUGAAAAAGAUUAUGAAGAAUUAAGGAAGAAAAGUGAUGAAACCAAUGUUGCAGUAGAUAAACUUCAACGUAAGGUUAAAAUGAUGGAAAUACAACUCUCACAACUGGAGGAUAUACGUGAUCAAGAGCGCAUUUACUGGCAGAAGAAAGUAGAGCACAUACAGAACCUUGAGCAAGGAGAUUCAAAUAAAUGCGAACUAGAACAGGUUCUGAAAGAAAUUCAUAGUGAAUAUGAACAGCUCGCUAAAAAGAAUAAAGAGGAUAUGGAGAAAUAUAAGCAGAAGUUUGAAGAAGCAAACAACACAGCACUACAAAAUGCCAGGAAGGAACUUGAAUGCUAUCGCAAAGAGGCAAAUGAGCUAAAAUUAAAAGAUGAAUUAAUGAAGAACUCACUGUUAGAAAAGGACAAAGAUAUAUACAAACAGAGAGAAUGCACUAAAGUCCUAGAAAAGAGGAUUGUACGUCACACAAGUGAAUAUCAAGAGUUGUUAAACAUGAAGACACAGCUUGAGCAAGAGAUUGCUGCUUACAAAAACUUACUGGGUCAAGUGGAAAAGAAAGCAAGGGACUAUACUUCUCAACCCUCUAUAGCUGAUAAAGAAGCUGAACCUAGAGACACAACUGAGACAUGCAUCAUGUCUUCUUCUGAUGAAGACAAGGAAUCCGAGGAAAAUGAAGACUUGUGUGCCCUCGAUCAAGAUUAAUAGAGGACUGUAGAAAACGAAUGACAAGCAGAUCUGAGUGUCUUCCACAGAUUCACAGUUACAAUGUGUAAAAAGCACUCUAAUCUUAAAUACAUCACCAGUAAACCCA